GUGCUUCCUGAUUCUGGUUGGGCAGGUGUUUUUCUUUUUUCUUUUUCAACAGUGAGCAGAUUCAAGUGACCGCACAGGAUGACACAAUUAGGUGCUAUCGCCUCUGUGGUCUUGGCGAUCGGGGCAGCUGCCCUCUUCUCUGCUGUCCACAAGAUUGAGGAGGGACACAUUGGGGUCUAUUACAGGGGCGGUGCUCUCCUGACAACCACUAGUGGCCCAGGGUUCCACCUCAUGCUGCCCUUCAUUACUUCCUACAAGUCUGUGCAGACCACCCUGCAGACAGAUGAAGUCAAGAAUGUGCCUUGUGGUACAAGUGGAGGUGUAAUGAUCUACUUUGACCGUAUAGAAGUAGUCAACUUCCUGGUGCCGUCAGCUGUGUAUGACAUUGUGAGGAACUUUACAGCCGACUAUGACAAGGCCCUGAUUUUCAACAAGGUCCACCAUGAGCUCAACCAGUUCUGCAGCGUGCACACGUUGCAGGAGGUCUACAUCGGCCUGUUCGAUCAGAUUGAUGAGAACUUGAAGCUGACCUUGCAGCAAGACCUGACCAGUAUGGCACCCGGACUUAUCAUACAAGCCGUGCGUGUCACAAAGCCCAACAUUCCCGAGAGCAUACGCAGGAACUACGAGCUCAUGGAGAGUGAGAAGACAAAGCUGCUAAUUGCUGCACAGACUCAGAAAGUGGUGGAGAAGGAGGCGGAGACUGAGAGGAAAAGAGCCGUGAUUGAGGCAGAGAAACUAGCCCAGGUGGCAGAAAUCAAGUUUGGACAGAAGGUUAUGGAGAAGGAAACAGAGAAAAGGAUAUCAGAAAUUGAAGACGACGCUUUCAUGGCGAGAGAAAAGGCGAAGGCAGAUGCCGACUUCUACACCGCCCAUAGAAUGGCAGAGGCCAAUAAGCUGAAGCUGACACCUGAAUACCUGCAGCUGAUGAAAUUCAAGGCCAUAGCUGCCAACAGUAAGAUUUACUUUGGGAAUGAGAUCCCGCAAAUGUUUGUUGACUCUGGCCCUGGGGGACCUGCUGUGGCUGCCUCCCCUGCAAUGGACAUGGUUGCAGAGGGGAGAAUAGACAUAGACUGAAGCGUAGGAGUCUUCAGGGCUGGAUUAGUAAGAAGCAUGGUGACUGGUGUUAAUGAUGCAGAGGAUCAACAGAAUGCACUGCUAAGAGCAGUGCACCCAAUAGAAGAGUAAUGGAAUGUAACAGUUAAGUAUGUUUUCAUUUAAACACACAGUUCAUCCCUUCUCCCCAUUUGUUUGUGGUUGUACCUACACCAGGAAGCAUAUAAACUGCAAACCUGUGCUUUAUUUUCCAAUGUGACCGUUUUCUGUUUUGGUUAGUGUACAGUGUAAUUUUGGAUGGUUUUCCACCAGAUCAUCACCUGCUGCAGAGCCGACUAAGUGAAAUGGGGGCAAAACGCUAUGACUAUGACUUGCAGCGGGAGAGCUUUGAAACUGUCAGCCGACACAGGCUGUUUUUGCGUCAGUUUUCAAAACUAUUUGAUAAGCUGCUUAAUUAUGAGAAACAGCUUUUCUUCCCGCACACUGUGAGCAAGUGUUCAUUCAAGAUGUACAAAAAAUUAACUGUCCGGGUUCCCGUAUUUCAGGUAUUGUCUGUCUGCUCUCAACAAAGGAUUCUGCAGCCUUGUAGCUGUAGCAUUGAGUGGAACUUGAUUAGGACCAGCAAUUUGUUCCUUCCGCUUUGAGUUUUGAUGGGGGCUCCUUUCUCUAAACAGAAUAGCAGUGGUUAUAAUCCAGUUUGUUCACAAGAGGGCAAUGUAUAAUUUGUUAGUGGAAAAAAAUUAUUACCUCUCACAGGAGCACCAAAGUACACUUGCCUCUCUGGUGUUUUAGGUUGGGCUUUUUGGUUUUUCACUAAGCACGUCUUAAAACCAUAUGCAAAGUGCUUUAUAGAUUAACACAACAUCCUAUUCCCUCUCUAAUUACGAUCGGAGGUGCUAAUCCCAGUCUGUGGUGCUGUACCCUUUUCUGCUUGUUCAUUCCAUGAAUUUUAUUGAUGGUAGAAAUGCAAUUAUUUAAUUAGACAGCCCCUUUCACUCCUGCGAUUUUUAAAGGUCAAAUACGCGUUCAGGUUUUGAGUGCUGGACUGUAGAGGCCAGACCAAAAGUUUUAGGAAAUCUCAUUUGUUUUACAUAGUUCGACCGUAGUUUAACUGGCAAAAUACCAGAGAUUCUCUGUAGAAGAGUUGUUGCACAGUAAGAAAGGAAAUGACAGGGCUUCUUUAAAUAACUGAGAAACUUGGAUGGAGGAUCACUGAGUGGUUUUCAAAGAAUGAGAACUUGUGUGCACAAUGGAGCUCAUUGCAGGAUUUUCUGUGGAAUAUCACAUUGUGAGCAGAUUACACACUGAAUUGUGCAAUCAUAUGCUGUGAUUCAAUAUUUUGAGUUCCCAGGAUCCCAUUAUCUUUAUGUUGGGAAAAAACAUGUUAGUCAGGGUUUUAGUAAGUGAUACAGCAUCAGGCACAGGGCAAAAGACCAGUCUGUCCUAUGUAAAAUUGUCAUUUAGUAGGUGUCUCUAUGUUACUGAUGUGCUCAUUAACUUGAUUAACCAGAGUUUGUCCAUUUCAUGUUUUAAAGGGGAGAGGGGACCUUUAAUGGGACCAGAAAUACCUUAUGGAAUUUCCCUGUUCCAAAGUAAAGCAGCAUUUAAAAAAAA